UAGUGAGUUGGUUGUAGGGCAUUAAAAAGUUGCAUUUGCCCGCCUUUUUGGUUGUUUUUAUUUUUCUUGACAUAUCAGCUGUUUUCUGUCAUUGGGUGUCAAAUGUGUGUGUGACAUAACCUCAGCGUUGCGUUUCUUCUAGAGGAGGGUCAAAAUGAAUAUAACACCUAUUCUACGCACUGGUUUGUAUUUGGCCAAUCGUCCUGUGGUCAGACAGUAUGCAUUUAAAUCGGAUCUAAAAAUCAAAUGGGUUCGUCCCGAAAAAAUUCCUUCUAUUCAUCCGGAGAAAAGUGGUGAUUGCUCCAAACUGUCGGCAGUUAAUCCAAAGGAGUUGAUGCUUGGAUUUGAAAAGUCCAAAGAAUUGGAAACCGCUGAUGCGGCCGUCAAAUCUCUUUUUGAGUUGGGCAACAAUCCCUAUGUGAACACAACCAGAUACCACAGUGAACAAUUAAUCAAAGAGGUUCAAAGGCAUCCCUUGGAUUAUGGUUCCAUGGAGGCAAAAUUGGCCCGUAUGACCGUUUUCAUAAGAAGAUAUCAACAACAUAUGGAAGAACAUCCGCGGGACAAAAAACGUAAAGUUAUACUCAAGGAAAUGAUUGAAAAACGCAAGAAAUUCCUAAAAUACUUACGUCGUUGGGACUACAGGCGUUUCGAGUGGAUCUUGGAAAAACUGGAUUUGGUAUAUAAACCACCACCAGCUGAAUUCCAUUGGAUUACACGCAAAGAGUCGUUACAAAAGCUCACCGACAUCCAUUGUGAAAAAUUGAGACAAGAGAAAUUGGAUGAAUAUCGUAAAACCCUAGAAGAGCAGCAAAUUCCAUUUUUAGAGGAUGCCAUUAAGAAAAUGCAAUUUAUACGUCAGGAACAAAUUGAUUUGGGCAUACCGGUAACGGUUACCGAAGAAGACAUCGAACAGAAUAAAAAGAAACUGGCUGAAUUGAAGGCAUUCAGAGAAGAGACAAAAGCAGCUGCACGUAAAAGUAAUUAAAUGUAAAUCUACACAGCUAGCAGUUUUAUAGUCGUAAUAAAGAAUUGUUGUAAAAAAAAUAUUUAUUUAUGCGAAAAAACACUA